UCUUUUACACGAUAUCUAUAAAAACCGGUAACAAAUUCAAAGCCGGCACUGAUGCUAAGGUAUUCCUUAAUAUGAAAGGCUCCUUCGGUUCGACUGGCAGAUACUUCUUUCUUAGUCAGUCCGACGACAAUUUUGAGAGGGGCGACACGGACAUGUUUUCGGUAUACACUCAAAACGUUGGGAGGGUUCACUCUAUCGAGAUAGGACACAAUAACAUCGGCAGCGAUCCAGGCUGGUUCCUUGACUAUGUUGAUAUCGAUCAGAGAGUGGCAGCUGUCAAUGACACAGACAUUAGACCUGGUACUACCAAGUACCGGUUCAACUUUUUUAACUGGAUUGCCUCUGAUAAGGGUGACGGGCUGCUGGUCAAGACCAUAUAUCCUAACCCCCCUGUGGUCAAAAUUGCCUAGAUUUGCUUUAAAAUAUGGAAGA